UAACUGCCUCAUCCUGAAAACACUGACUGCAUCCCUCUCCUCCAGCUGGGUGGGCGUUACUUUUCCCUUCUCUGCUGCGCGCAUCGUGUCACUCCUCUGUCCGGUCACACUUGAUGUUGGACAGACAGAGACGCUGCGCGCUGGAAAAUUAUGUCCCAGUUAUCUGUUUGAGUUGAACCGGAGAAGGACUGCUGCUGAGAUGAUGCUGCUGCUGACUCUACUCAUCAUAUGUUUCAGUCCCGGUGGACUGGGGCAACUGGAGGAAUCCCAGUUUGGAAAUGAUGCCGAGUUGGCAGACUUUGACUUAGACAUUGCGCCACGCAGAGUCCCACGGCAGGUGAAAACUAUGCUAACCAAGGAGACUAAACCUCACAUCCAGGAACUCUCCAUCAAGACCACCAUCAUCUCCCGUUACGCCUUCACAGCGGUGUACUGCGCCAUGCUCAACCGGCACUCCGCCGCCACUGAGGGCGUCUUCCAGUUUCAGAUCCCCGCUAACGCCUACGUCUCCAACUUCACCAUGAUCAUCGGAGGGCGUGUCUACCAGAGCGAGGUCAGGCCGAAGGAGAAGAGGGUCAAACAGGAGAACGGCAAACCCAAGAACAAAGAGUCAGGUGAUGCAAGUCCUGAGCCGGAGGUGGAAGUGUUCAGGAUGGCGGCCAGCAUCCCGGGCCGGAACCGGGCCAUCUUCCUGCUGACCUAUGAGGAGCUUCUUCAGCGGCGGCUUGGAUACUACGAACACAUGACCAGUCUGCGACCUUUGCAGCUUGUCAGCCGCCUGAGCCUGGACGUCACCAUCGUCGACCACUCAACCAUCACGAACCUCGAGGUGCUGCCGCUUCGCAACGGAAAGAGCACGGCUGCUGCCAACAGUGCAGCUGGGUCUAAUGCACCCAAGACACCAGCCAAGCUCGAGCCUCCCGUGACCACUGUGAUCAAGAAUGAAAAGAACGUCUGCAAGAUCACCUUCAGCCCCAACAUCGUCCAACAGGCUAAGAUCACCACCAGCGGCGUCCUGGGAGACUUUGUGAUCCGCUACGACGUGCAGAGAGACAUGGGCAUCGGAGACAUUCAGGUUUUAAAUGGACAUUUCGUCCACUACUUUGCCCCCAAAGACCUGCCUGUUGUGCCCAAGAACGUGGUGUUUGUGAUCGACACCAGCGCCUCCAUGCUGGGGACUAAGAUCAGACAGACUAAAGAUGCUCUGUUCACCAUUCUGAGGGACCUGCGACCUGGUGACCGCUUUAACAUCAUCAGCUUUUCCAACAAGAUCAAAGUUUGGCAGCCGAAUCGUCUCGUGGAAGUGACGCCACUUACUGUCAGAGACGCCAAGAAGUUUAUUUUUACGCUGGCGACCACUGGAGGCACAAACAUCGAUGGUGCCAUCCAGACCGGCUCCUCUCUGCUUCGUGAUUACCUCUUGAGACCCGACACCAGCCCGAACAGCGUCUCCCUCGUUAUUUUCCUGACGGAUGGACGGCCGACAGUCGGAGAGAUGCAGUCCACCGCAAUCCUGGGGAACACUCGCUCAGCCGUGCAGGAGAAGUUCUGCAUCUUCACCAUCGGUAUCGGGAAUGACGUGGAUUACCGGCUGCUGGAGCGCAUGGCUCUGGAAAACUGCGGGAUGAUGAGACGCAUCAACGAGGACGCCGACGCCAGCUCUAUGCUCAAAGGGUUCUACGAUGAGAUAGGAACUCCUCUGCUGUCUGACAUAAGGAUCAACUACACAGAGGACUCCGUCCGGUACGUCACUCAGCAUCUCUUCACCAACUACUUCAACGGCUCCGAGAUCGUCAUCGCCGGCAAGCUCACCAACCAAAGCACAGAGUCGCUCCACGUCCAGGUUACAGCCAGCAACAACGACAAGAGCAUCAUCCUGGAGACCGAUGUUCCUCUGCGACACCGACAGAUAGAGACUGAGAAACACGUGAAAAAAGCUACAGCAGCAAUGGCGGGUGGAGCUAGGGUUCCAGGGUCAGCGGUCGCACAGGGAUUAGGAAAUGCUCUGGGUGUGAUAGCGGAUGACUUUGUGGAACGAGUCUGGGGUUUCCUGAGUGUUAAGGAGGGGUUACGGUCGCGCCUACGCAGCCAAACCAGCAAAGAGAGGGAAGGCCACACCCAACAAGCCACCAAUCUGUCUCUGAACUACCAUUUCCUCACUCCCCUCACCAACCUGGUGGUGGAGAAGCCAGAGGUCCUGGCCGAUGGCACCAUGGCCCCGGCGCCCACCAUGGCCCCAGCAUCAGCCGGUGAGGGAGUCUCAACUGCCAAUGAGCUGCCAGGUGUCCCAGAGGAGGAAAAGCCACAGAAAACCAACGGGAAACAAGGCGGCCAGAUUUCAUCUAUGAGAAACACGAUUGGAAAAGUUGAGAGGAGACCAGCCAAGAAGUCCGUCACCAUCUCCAAAACAUCAGCGGAUGGAGAUCCACACUUCGUGGUGGAGUUCCCGCUCAGUAAGCUGACCGUGUGCUUCAACAUCAACGGUGAGCCUGGACACAUCCUGCGGCUGGUGUCUGACCACAAACACUCAGGUGUGACGGUGAACGGUAAACUAAUCGGUGCCCCGGCUCCCCCGGGCAGCCACAAACAGCAGCGUACCUACUUCAGCACCAUCACCAUCGUGGUGGAUCAUCCCAAACGCGCCUACAUCGAGGUGACGCCAAAGAAGGUCAUCCUGGACGGGCGGGACAGAAUGGUGCUGCCGUGCCACUCCACGGUCACGGUGGACAGCGGCGCUCUGUCCGUCUCCAUCGUGGGAAACUCUAACGUGACCGUGGCGGUCGGAGGAAACAUCAGCUUUGUGAUCCUGCUGCAUCAGUACAAGAAUCCAGCCCCGUACCAGAGGGACCAUCUGGGCUUCUACAUCGGUCGCAGCAAGGGGCUGUCGCACAACUGCCACGGCCUGCUGGGCCAGUUCCUGUAUGAGGAAGUAGGACUGGCAGAGCUUCCUGCACAAGGAGACACGAAACCCUCGCCCAUCCUGAAGGUGAAGGACCGAUCGGUGCCAGUGGUUCAGAAGAACAGGAAGAUCUACAGCGGGACUCAGAGCGUGGACUGCUGGUUCGCCCGGAACAACGCCGCCAAGCUGAUAGACGGACAGUACGAGGACUAUUUGAUGUCGCACAUGUUCGACACGGGCAACUGGCCGCACGGGACUAACAGAGUCUGAGACGACUGCGUGAGAGCGGAGGCAUUUUAUUUUAUUUAACUCAUUUUUAGUCUGUUUCCAUAGCACAUCCAAACAGAUUCAUGCCAAACCUUCACCUCUUCAGUUUCUUUGUACCUACAGGCUCUUUUGAAUAUAUUUUUUUACUAUUUCUAAUGAGAAUUUAAUGUUUUUUAUCACGUCGUGUGUAUUAUUUUUUACUGUAAUUUUGUAAAUGUAAAUAAAAACACUUAAACACACAUGUUGAGGUCGUUUUCUGAGGCGUGAAAACACAUGGGCGUUGAUUUUUGGGAGCGCAUAUUUGUGUUUUUCCCCCCUCACACACCAAAUAUGUACGUCAACGUGGCAGAUCACACCUGGUUACCACGGAGACAAACCCUGAUAACUAACCCCCUCGUCCCAGCGCCAAUGACUAGAUGCACACCAAGCAUAUGUAGCACACAAACACACACACACACACACACACACACACACACACACACACAGAGCUCUAUAGCCCUCCCUGUCAUCAGCUGGAGGUCACAGGGCUGCUGGCCCCGCCCACACAGGUGUGCUCUGGCCAGGUCCCCGUUCAGGUUGUCAUCGCGCUGCCUCGCCCCCGGCCCGCCGCAGGAAUUCAAACACGGGAACGCCGGUUUCAUGUGUCAAUCAUCUUUUAUUCGUAGCACUGAUUAAAGAGAUACAUUCGGUAAGAAGCACCGUGGCAGUUUACAGCCGUUUUAUCCACAUGCUCAUU